AGGCGCUUAAAUUAGCCAUGCGCAGUGUUCCGCACGGGUGAUUAUAAGACAGCAGUUCGCGACCCGAUUGUUCUUCGGACCUUCAAUUCCACGGUUCCACCAUGUAUCGACCAGUGCAGCAGUCAUCAACGCCGCCGCCGGCGACGGCGCCGUACGGCGAGUACUUCCACAAUAGCGGUCACGCGACCACGACGACGACACAGCUCCAUCCUGCGGAUGCGGCGCAGAAUCCAUUGCUGAAUGAGGGGUUCGAAUACAAAUCCGCGCGAGUGGCGAGUCCGGUGUCGAUAUCGACUACGGACGAUGGCGGGCGGAAGAAGAAGAAGAAGAAAGCUUCGAGGGUCGGCUGGAGGCCGUUCACGAUCAAGCCGCCGUUCAUACUGUUUUUCGCGCUCGUCACCGUCGGCCUGCUGUGCGCGCUCGAGUACAUUUUGCAGCGGUCGAAGAGAGACGGCGCACUGCUCUUCUCAGAGUCGUCGUAUCUCCUCGAUUAUGGACCUAUGGUCGUGGCGGUCCUGUUUGGUCUGCUCUGGGCGAGUAUCGAUCACGAUGUUAAAAGGCUCGAACCAUACUUCCAGUUAUCGAAGCCCGGGGGUGUCACGGCAGAGCACUCACUAUUGCUCGAGUACCCGUACUGCUUCGCCGCAUUCGCUCCGUUCAUCGCUCUACGCAAGCGGCACUGGGUAGUGCUAUCUUCGUCGUUCAUACUCAUCACGAUCCUCUACGGGGUGACGCCCGUGAUGAGCACAAUCCUCUCUCGUCGCCCAGUCAACCGGACCGGAUCCUUCGCGAUCGAGCGGGCGGGCAUCUAUACACCCGAAUCGCAGCCGGACACGCUCUCGACGGCGUUCUCGUACAUCGCGUUUUCGAACCAGUAUCUCAACGGGACGCUGCCGCCGUUCUCGAACGAGGGCAUUGCGAUUCUGCCGUUCAAGGCGAUGAACGGGAGCGGGGCGGCGUCGGCUCACACGCCCAGAGUCGGAGAGACCUGGCGCGGCAGCUCGAUCCUCUACGAGGCGCGGCUAGACUGCACCCAGGGUGUAAUCCGAACGCUGCCGGAUAACGAGACCGAGUUCGACUUUCCCGGACGGAACUGUCGGUUCAUACCCGCAACCUGGCACAUAGAUGCUGGAUCCAAUCCUUACUUCAGCAUGCUGUAUAGCAGGGCCAGCUUCGAGUGGAAGCUGGAGAGGUACUCCAAGUACGAUACUGGUAGCUGUACCGGUCCAAACAACGAGGAUAUGUUGAUUGGCUUCUUUGGACGCAACGUUAUCCCGGUCGACACCUUCGGCAGUUAUAAAAAGAUGAAAUGGCUCGAGACCAGCGCCGUCUACUGCAAGCCCGUACACGAACAACAGCAGGUCGACAUCGUCGUGGAUGCCAACGAUCUGAGCUUGCGGAACUACACCAGGAAGGGCGAGAAGACUCCGUUUACCGGCAUCAACGGCACCCACUGGGCUGCCAUGCUGACGGGCCAGGUAUCUUCCGCCUCGACCGCGGAUUUCAACGUCACGCUUUUAACGCCGGUACUGGGACCGGGAUGGGGCCUUGCCGAUCACAUCUCGCAGUUCAUCCGGCGGCCGCAGUUCCUGACUCUCAUGGAGCUAUAUCCCGCGAACACGUGGUUGACGAGCGUGGGCCAGGACUUCUCGGGCAACCGAGCCCAGCCCAUCAACGUAUUCUUCGACCUCCGGCAAACCCUGACGCCGUUCGGUCUCGCGAAGCAGCAGGACCUCGAGGCGUUGUUCGACGGGUCCGGAAAGGCGCUGGGGGAUAUGUACAGCGAUGCCUACCGCUACAUUUUCGCCAUGGCCAUGGCCUCGGGCUUCACCAGGUAUCCCAGCGAAGCGGCGGCCGAUGGUGGUAGUAGUACUCUCGUGCUCGCCGACGGGCUCGAGACCGCGGCGCAAAGAGAGUUCCGCGAGGAUGGCUACGUGGUCAACGAGCGCUGGACGAGGAUCCUCCAGGGUGCGCUCGCGACCGUGCUCGCACUCAGCAUCACGCUUGCCGGCCUCGUCUGGAACCGGAAGUGCGAACUCGUCAGGGAGCCGGGCACCAUCGCCGACGCGAUGACACUGCUCGACACGGGGGAUGCCAACAGUGUGCUCCAGGACUUCCACAACUCUGAGUUCAUGAGUCCUUCCCAGCUGGAGAAGAUGCUGCAUUCGCGAGGGCACCGCUACUCGCUAAGGGGGCACAAGCUGUUCGCUCACCGGGGGGUGAACGACGGGGGCAUCAACGCCAGCGCCCAUCCGACCAUCAACCGAGACCAGGUCACACUCUCCAAGUCGUGGGAGCUGAACGGAUUCCUCGGCUCCGCGGCGGUAGUGAUUCUCGUGGGCUGGGUCGCCCUCCUCGUCACGCUGUUUCUUCGCGCCAAGGACCAGAGCGGCUUCGCCGUUCCAUCCAACACCUUCGUGUACGACCUGUACGCGUCGUAUGCGCCGACCAUCGCGGCGACCUCGUUCGAAUCGUUCCUGGUGCUGCUGACCUACCAGAUCACUCUGCUGUUCCCGUUCAAACACCUGACGCAGGGCAACGCCAGUGCCAAGAGCACCAUCGCCGUCAACUACGACCGGCGCCCGCCGCAUUUGCAGGUGUUCAACGGCGUGCGCACAAGGAAUCCGCUGCUUGUCGUCUUGAGCGUCAGUAUCCUGCUCGCUAAUGUACUGGCUGUCGCCGUCGGUGGACUGUUCUACAAGAGCGCGAUGGAGUUUCCGGUUCCGAUCACGCUCGCCCUGUCGGGAUCGCUGGAGCGCCUCGAGGCGUACAAUGCGUCCUCGCUGAUCAGGGGCGAGUACGAUGUUCCGUACGACGCAUUCUAUGUGGGCGCGGGAGAUGCGAUGGGCUUUGAGCGGCGGCCGUGGACUACCGACGAGUUGUUUUAUAUUCCAUUCACGGCUAGUACUACUGGCCAGGGCGACCAGAGCGACAAUUACACCACCGAGACGUAUGGGCUGGGUGCAACUCUCAAGUGCGAGGAGAUCCCGCAGGACAUGGUCAGCACCUGGUACGCCCUCGACCUCGCCAAAAACGACACGGACUUCGCCGGCAAGCACCGGAACUUCGAGUUCACGACGUUCGCCAACACUGCCGACGAUGUGCCGCUGCUCUUGAAGUCGCAACGUGACAACAACCGAUUUUGGCGGGGCGACGACCCUCGCGAAGACCUUACCGGAAUAUUCUUCAGCGACAAUCAGACUACAAAGGACGUAUUUUACGAGUACGUGCCCACCACAUACCCAGACGAGCUUGCGGACAAGAAGGACUGGGGGUUCUUCGGCUCGUGGCACCGAUACGGGUACGACCCGGACCGCCGCGUCACCAUCAACCGCUCCUUCUUCAAAGAGAACUACACCGGCAGCGACAGCGUCUACGACAGCGACAUCCAGUACCUUGGCAAGACGAUCUCGGGCCCGUCGAUGUUCAUCCGGUCGCGGGUCGGCCUGCGGUGCCAAGCAUCACCGCGUCUCGUGCGCUCCAAACUCGUCUCGAACCUCGCAGGGCACAUCAUCAGCCACACGGACGUCGAGCUGCCGCUGUCGGCGGCGAUGAUCGCCGCCGCGAACCAGACCGGCACGGGAAUCGUGGGGCUCGUCAACACGUUCUCGCGCAAGGUGAUCCUGCGGGUCGCGAAGAAGCAGGGCGGGCUCAUCGACCCAGUGGCGCAGUCGCCCGACCCCGGCCCCACAAACUGGAUCACGUUCCUGAUGCACGGCGAGGCGCGCAAGCGCAACCCGGCGUUCGACCUGUACUCGUACCCCGCCGAGUCCGCGCGCGCGCUCGAGGCUGUCUUCAUGCGCACUUUCGCUAUCUACCUGCAGCUGAACGCCGACGAGAUCUUUCCCAACACCACCACGACCCCCGCUGCAGCUGCAACCCAGCAGCAGCAGGGAACCCGCUUCAGAAGCGUGAACCGCGUCCAGAUGUACCCCUCGGCGUUCUACGUCUCGAUCGUGCUGCUGCUGCUGUUCAUCCCCGGCGUCAUCUGGACGUACGCCAGUCUGUACCAGGGAUUCCUUGCGCACCAGCCGACGACGCUCGCGGGCGUGUAUGCUGCGAUUUACGCGAGCGAUGUGGAUGCGACGAAGGCGAUGGUGAGGGGUGUGGAUGGUGGUACUGGGGGUGCGAGGUAUGGGUAUGGGUGGUUCGUGGGCGGCGAUGGGGCUAGACAUGUGGGUAUCGCCACGGAACCGUUGGUUGGCGGCGCGGCGGCGGGGGGCGGGGGCGGGUUGUAGUCACGCACAUUGUGGUUAAGCGGCGCAUGUUUGGGGUUUUGUUUGUACAGUUAGGAUACAAUUUCAGUUCUUGUGCACGGGGACGCAGGUGAGCCGGUGAACGCGCCGCACGAGCGCAAGGGAAGGUUGAAGCGCAGCCCGAUUGGCGUCACAGCCUCACGGGCGCCUCAGCAGUCAGAAGUGGUUGUGUGAGGUUCGAGGGGUGUGGCGUCGUUGGAAACGUGGGCGGUGUAUCGUCGUAUGCAGGUGCUUGCAUUUUAUGUGCACGUUUCGUUUCGCAUCCAGCGCCACUGUUCGAAUGGCCCGGAAGGGGGAUAUUUGAACGUUGAAGCAAACCCGACGAAGAAGAGGAGUCCCCGACUCCUCGUUCUGCUCGUCUCCUCUCGUCUCCUCUCGUCUCCUCUCCUCUCCUCUCCUCUCCUCUCGUCUCUUCUCGUCUCGUCUCCUCUCGUCUCCUCUCGUCUCCUCU